AUGCGCCCCAAGAGCCGCCUGUGGCUGCGCCUGCUGCCGCUCCUGCUGCUGCAGCUGCUGGCUCAGGGCAGCGCCUCCGACAUCCCCAAGGCGAAGCAGAAGGCGCUGCUCCGCCAGAGAGAGGUGGUGGACGUGUACAACGGAAUGUGCUUGCAAGGGCCAGCAGGGGUGCCUGGGCGAGAUGGCAACCCUGGAGCUAAUGGCAUUCCUGGUACCCCUGGGAUCCCGGGUCGGGAUGGAUUCAAAGGAGAAAAGGGGGAAUGCUUGAGAGAGAGCUUCGAGGAGUCCUGGACCCCCAACUACAAGCAGUGUUCCUGGAAUUCGCUGAACUACGGCAUUGACCUUGGGAAGAUCGCCGAGUGUACAUUUACAAAGAUGCGUUCCAACAGCGCUCUCCGAGUCUUGUUCAGUGGCUCACUCCGUCUAAAGUGCAGAAGUGCAUGCUGUCAGCGCUGGUAUUUCACAUUCAAUGGAGCUGAAUGUUCUGGACCUCUUCCCAUUGAAGCCAUAAUUUAUUUGGAUCAAGGAAGCCCUGAAAUGAAUUCAACAAUCAAUAUUCAUCGGACUUCUUCUGUGGAAGGACUCUGUGAAGGAAUUGGUGCUGGAUUGGUGGAUGUUGCUAUCUGGGUUGGUACUUGUUCAGAUUACCCGAAAGGAGAUGCUUCUACUGGAUGGAACUCAGUGUCUCGCAUCAUUAUUGAAGAAUUACCAAAAUAAACCUUUAAAAGUUCAUUCCCUACCUCUUAUUAUAUCCUUAAGUGGCAUAUACAUCUGAAGGAAGAAAACCAUAGACCAAAGUGUGAUUUCACACUUUUUUAAAAUUUAGAACUAUUCAUUUUAUUUCAAUAAAAAGUGGUUUGGGGAUUAUUUUAGUUGAUUAGAAUGCUUUCCUCUUAUUCUCAUUCCCUGAGCCUAUGAUUUGCAAUGUCAUUGUGAUCUCUAGUUUUUCCUAUUCUUAGUGUUUUUAUAA